UGAUCAGGCAGUAACAUCUCUGAUGAAGCUUACGAAGCAAGUUGUGAUUGUUUGCAUGGAAGUGUAAAAUUUGUGUCUCGUACGACAGCUUUGUGAGGAAUAUCCCGCAGGUUCCCUGCCUCGCGGGAGGAUAGGUUUUACGCUUCAAACUACAUCGUAUUUUUGAACAUACUAUAAAAGAAAAACAUGGUGGCUCUGGCAGAACAGUCAGCUGAUGUUGAAAUGAAGAAUGCAGACAGCCCUUCUGGUGAGGGAGAUGCUGGAGAUGCGAAGAAAGAUGGUGAUGUUGUGAGCAUUCAGGAUAUCAGAGAACAUGCCAGGCAGAUUGAAAAGGCGGUGCAAAAUAAGGAACCUCGAUUUAUAUUGAGAGUACUGCGAUCUCUCCCAAAUACACGAAGAAAACUGAAUUCUGUUGUCCUUAGAGGAAUUAUUACUGGUUUCUACACACACUCUGCAACUGAGAAAGAUGCAUUGUUAAACUUUGUGGAGGAGCCAAUGGAAACAGAAGGUUCGACAUCCCAGCGAAUGCGUAGCGGAAAAAGUUCAACUGCUCCUUUACUGCCUGAGGUUGAUGCAUACAUACAUCUACUGGUCCUUCUGAAGUUGAUUGAUGGACGUAAGUAUGAAGAUGCAGUUACAUGUUCUGACCUCCUUAUGCAAAAAGUGACAGCACAGAAUAGAAGAACUCUUGAUCUUGUAACUGCCAAGUGCUAUUUUUAUCAUUCACGAAGCUAUGAACUUACCAAUCAGUUAGAAAAAAUUAGAGGAUUUCUUCAUUCUAGACUACGCACUGCAACUUUGCGGAAUGACUAUGAAGGACAAGGUGUCCUUAUAAACUGUCUGCUUAGAAACUAUUUACAUUAUAACUUAUAUGACCAAGCUGACAAACUGGUGUCAAAAUCAGUUUUUCCGGAGUCUGCUAGCAACAAUGAAUGGGCUCGUUUCUUUUAUUAUCUUGGCAGGAUUAAAGCAGCCCGUUUAGAAUAUUCAGCAGCACACAAAAAUCUUGUUCAGGCAUUAAGGAAGGCCCCACAGAACGCAGCAGUUGGGUUCCGGCAGACUGUCCAAAAGUUAGCUGUCACAGUUGAAUUACUUUUGGGAGAUAUACCAGAACGACAGAUCUUCAGACAUGCUGCAUUAAGGAGGUCAUUAGCACCUUAUUUCCAGCUUACUCAGGCAGUUCGCAUGGGAAAUCUUCAACGUUUUGGAGAAGUACUUGAAAACUUUGGUCCACAAUUUAGAGCAGAUCAUACAUUUACACUAAUUUUGCGUUUGAGGCACAAUGUUAUCAAGACAGCAAUCAGGUCUGUGGGCUUGUCGUACUCACGAAUUGCUCCAGCAGACAUAGCAAAGAAGUUGGGGCUUGAUUCACCAGAGGACGCGGAGUUCAUUGUCGCAAAGGCUAUUAGAGAUGGAGUUAUUGAGGCCACAUUAGAUCGUGAAAGAGGUUAUAUGCGUAGUAAAGAAACUACUGAUAUUUAUUGUACAAGAGAACCUCAAUUAGCUUUCCAUCAGCGUAUAUCAUUUUGUCUAGAACUUCAUAAUCAAAGUGUAAAAGCUAUGCGUUAUCCUCCAAAAUCAUAUGGCAAAGACCUGGAGUCUGCAGAAGAACGGAGGGAACGAGAACAACAAGAUAUGGAGCUGGCGAAGGAAAUGGCUGAAGAAGAUGAUGAUGGUUUCCCAUAAUUUAUGUAAUUAUCUUUUUUUAAUGAACAGAUGUUUGUUUUGUUUCAUUUAACAAGAUUUUCUGCUCUGUUUAAUCUACAGAGUUGCAUUAUAUAGUUAUUUUACAUUGAUUAAAAUAAACUUUUCCUUACAAACAA